AAGUCAAGUCAAAGCAAAUAAACAAAAACAAAAAGGAGUCAAAUGGCUAGCAUACAUCUAUGUUCUACGCUAUCACUUCUUAAUAGUUUGUGCUCAAAUCAAAGAGUAUAGUAACUGUCCCUAUAAAGAGCUCAAAUGGUGGCUACAUUUUUGCGUACGCGCAUGUCUGUAAAUUUCUCCAUUUUAUUUUAUUAUUCUAACUUUGAUCUCUUCCGAUUUGCUGUGGUGACUUCGCUUCGAUUUCGUAUUGUGUUGGACAAUAUUGCGAAAGGACGCUGUUUUUGUAUUGUGGUGUUUUUUACACAUAUAUUUUUGUCCAAAAUGCCUAAGUUAUGCUCGUUUGGGUGUGCCCCUAGUGGUUUCCCAAUGCAUCGUUUUCCAAAUGCUUUUAAGUUCCCUGAGCCUUUUAAGGCUUGGGUCAAUCUUGUUGGUGGAAAACUGGAAUCAGCUUCUGAUUAUGAGUAUUACCGGAAUAAGUUGAUUUGUGAUAUACAUUUUACUCCUGAAGACAGAGUUCGGAAUAACCGCUUAAAGGCAUAUGCAAUUCCAUCACUUCAUUUACUUGGUAUGUAUAGGUAUGUACAUGUUGUACAUUAUUUAUUGAAGUAAUUAUUAGUUGCUAUGAUUACUGGUAAAGUUGAGGCCCAGACUUGUACAUUGUCUUGGAGAGUAACAUUAUUAUUUGUGAAUUAAUGUUAAGAAACACCCAAUAACAGCCCAGUACAUGAAAUAGUGUCUUAUAAAUGCCAAUAUGCCUGCCCUAUAGAAUUGCCAAUGUAUUACAAAUUACAAAGCAAUUGCAAAUAAAAUUAAAUGAGACCUUAAGUUUGUUUAGGUGUUUCUUCUCAUAAGGUGUUUAGCUAAAAAUGCUGAAUUCAUCUAGUCUAAAUUAUAUAAAAGAAUUCAUUGACAGUUUAAAAGUUUUUUUGAUAACUUGAGUGUUUAAUGGUCCUAUUAGACUGAGACACAAUGGACAGCUCAGAAUCAAAAGUAUGAUUAAGAAUGUGGGGAUUCCACCACAUUAUUACACACACCUCAUAUAUACACACAGAAACACAAUAACACUUACACAUAAACACAUACAACACCUACAAUAAACGUAAUUAAUUACAUAUUAUGUAACCAUUAUAGAACAAGCAUUUAACACAUUGGGACCAUUGUGGAUCGACCUUUUUCUAGACAGAGCGGCCGGGGAUUGAAUCGCGGCGCUCGCGCAUAUCCUGUUGUACUUGUAUAAAGUUAGUUACCUGCUGAUCGCCUCUGCGACUAGACCCUUGUAACACCUUUGCGCCCACGGCUAACCACGUACAGUUUAUUUGUUAAUGCUAUCUCUUACUUUCUUGCUUGUGCUAUUCUUUGUAACUAUGAUUGUGCUCGCUUCCCUUCUGACUCUUUAUUUUAGUGUGCUUUGUGUCGUGGACUAUUAAAAGACUGUGAACGUUAAUAUAAACUGUUUUCUUCACUGAACCUACGACGCCUUACGCCAUUUUAACCUACAAGAACACAGUUGCAAUAUAUAUUUUGAUUUGAGUGAUUUACUUUUUAUCUGCUUUGCUGCCCUCAACUACUUCAAUAAGCCUUUUUUAAUAUCACAAGUUUAAUACUCUUUCACAGUUAUUGAGAAGUGUGUUAAUAACAAGUAAAUUAAAUUGAAACUUAAUAAUAAAUUAAUGAAUGAUUGAGCAUUUGAAACCCCAUGUUGGUGUUUAUUUUUCUUAUUAAUAAUUUCAGAAAAACCUGCCAGGGUAUCGGAUAUUGGUUGUUGCCAACCUUCAACUUCAAAUGCAUCAAAUACAGGAUCAUCUGCCAGUUUUAUGACGGAGCAAGAACCACCUUUAAAUGUAGCCAACAGAACACUGAGUCACAUUUCUGCCUCGCCUGCAAAUACAGAUAUUGUGAAGAAAGAAAAAACAGUGGAUUCUGAAGGAAACCCAACUUUAUCAGUUCGGAAAAAUCCAGAAAUCAACAGCCUUCCAAUUGAAGAAAAACAAAAUAGCACAGGAGCAGUAAUCAAAACCACCUAUCCAGUGCGUAAACGCACAGACUACAUACGUCGGGAGGUCGUUAUGAGGAUUAAGCAUUUAGAAAAUAAGAAAAAGAUGGAAAUGCAAAUAUUGAAAACAAAGUUAGAAGUUCAGAUGAUAAAAAGGAAAUCUGCAUUGUUAGAGGAAGAGAGAAAUAAAAUUUUAUUACAAAAAGCUAAAAUAGAAUUUGAAGAACUGAAGAAAUCAAUACUUACAUGAUCAAUCAAUACUUUCUGAUGAUGAUGAUGAUGAUUAAAAUAUAAGUAUUAUUAUUU